AUGAGCAACAGGUACUUCCUCCCCUUACAUAACUCUACAAGCAACAGGUACUUCCUCUCCUUACAUAACUCUACAAGCAACAGGUACUUCCUCCCCUUACAUAACUCUACAAGCAACAGGUACUUCCUCCCCUUACAUAACUCUACAAGCAACAGGUACUUCCUCCCCUUACCUAACUCUACAAGCAACAGGUACUUCCUCUCCUUACCUAACUCUACAAGCAACAGGGACUUCCUCUCCUUACAUAACUCUACAAGCAACAGGUACUUCCUCUCCUUACCUAACUCUACAAGCAACAGGUACUUCCUCCCCUUACAUAACUCUACAAGCAACAGGUACUUCCUCCCCUUACAUAACUCUACAAGCAACAGGUACUUCCUCCCCUUACAUAACUCUACAAGCAACAGGUACUUCCUCUCCUUACCUAACUCUACAAGCAACAGGUACUUCCUCCCCUUACAUAACUCUACAAGCAACAGGUACUUCCUCCCCUUACCUAACUCUACAAGCAACAGGUACUUCCUCCCCUUACAUAACUCUACAAGCAACAGGUACUUCCUCUCCUUACCUAACUCUACAAGCAACAGGUACUUCCUCCCCUUACAUAACUCUACAAGCAACAGGUACUUCCUCCCCUUACAUAACUCUACAAGCAACAGGUACUUCCUCCCCUUACAUAACUCUACAAGCAACAGGUACUUCCUCUCCUUACAUAACUCUACAAGCAACAGGUACUUCCUCCCCUUACAUAACUCUACAAGCAACAGGUACUUCCUCCCCUUACAUAACUCUACAAGCAACAGGUACUUCCUCCCCUUACAUAACUCUACAAGCAACAGGUACUUCCUCCCCUUACAUAACUCUACAAGCAACAGGUACUUCCUCCAACAUGUAUUUGGAAAUGUGGCUACAACAACAUAAUGGUUUUGUAUUAUUAAAAUCCCGAGGUCAAUGUGUUGGAUAUGGAAAAUGCAUUGCCGUAAAAUACCCCAAAGUUUCCCUAAUAACUGUCUAAUUAAACUACUUAAAGGCGCGAUUUACCCAACAGUGGAAGCCUUGGCAUUAUAGACGGGUGCUGCGUCUACCCACGACGGACAAGACCAAGCCUGCAUGAAUUUAUUAAUGUACACAAGUUAGCGGAGGAGGAACCACACUUAGCGGAAGCCUAGUGACCUGUUCUCAAAGUUAGCGGAAACGCCGAUCAGCUAACAAAAGACCUAGCUUCUCUAAAUAGUGGUUAGUGAAUUAGCGGAACCGUGCCCAUCACUGGUUCAUGGUAAGGCAGAGGUGAUACACACUAGGCUAAUGACCAGAGGCGAGAGUGUUGGUGGUAUAUGUUCACCCCAAAGGCAAGGGGUUGUAAGGAGAUGCUGACGGCCAGGGCAAAACACCUAUUAAAAGUGAUGGUUUUGUUUAUGCUCAAUGUCUUUGUUCACCAAUAAAUAGAAUAUAAUGAAUAAAUCCUUAAUAUACGACACAGAAAAUAUAUAUAAUCAAAAUUGCUAAGGCCUUUACAUUUGCUUGUCUAAAACCAAAUUGUGUAGUACAGGUGUGAUGUAGGAUCUGUGAGGUUCCUUAAAGCAUUUUACUGAAGUGAGAAAUAACACAAUGAGAUUCUUCAGUCGCUGUGUCAAGAGAAGUCUCCGUGUUUCAUUUUAAAACUAAGCUAAACACAUCUCAAACAGCUUAUGCAUAAAAGGUAUAUAUUAUGAUUUACAACUUACAAGAACUGUAGAAAAUUACAAAAUAUAAACAUUGGUAUCACACGAAAUCACGACAUUUGAUGCAGCAGCCAAAUAUAUGACAACAUAAUUCUUGGUAUCGACACAGAAAUCCUCUUAUAAAGUAAAGUACAGGACAGACGUUAACCAAAUUUUGUACCGAAUUAUUCCUGCAAGAUGUACCAAACCUGCGGCCACAAGGUUGGGGCAUUGAUUCUACGGGGAAAAUGGUACUUGGGGCAUUGAUUCUAUGGGAAAAAUGGUAGUUGGGGCAUUGAAUCUACAGGAAAAAUGGUAGUUGGGGCAUAUGCUGGAGAGAGACAGAAGGGGAAGGAAUUAUAGGAGAAGGGAACAGUUGGAAAGUUUGGUUUAGUCGGCGCAACAUCUGUGGUCAUAUGCCGGAGAGAGACAGGAGGGGAAGGAAUUAUAGGAGAAGGGAACAGUUGGAAAGUUUGGUUUAGUCGGCGCAACAUCUGUGGUCAUAUGCCGGAGAGACAGGA